CAAAACAAUUCCGCUAACUUGGUUUUCCCUUCUCGACAGGCCUCGUUACCGGUUGCCACCUGACAAUCGAUAUAUCUCGUGGUCCCGUAUCUUGUUACCCUAGUUUCCAUCCGCCUCUGCCGAGGUAACUGCUGCCGCCCCUCGGCACUCAGGACGUGAUAUGGAUACAGAGGAAAAUGCUAUUGAAAAAGCUGCUGCUGAACGCCGUGAAUGGCUAAAAACUCUUAAAAUGGCCAAAGUGCUUCUAGAAACACCAGAUGAUGACACAAAAAAGCAUGAUAGAAAUCUAGAAGAUGCUGAGGAGACUGAAGAGGACGAGGUCCCAAGUAUGAAGUUCAGAAACUACCUUCCUCACGACAAGCAAUUGCAAGAGGGCAAGUUAACUCCAGUUGUGCUACUGAAAUUUGAAGAUCCAAUUGUUGCUGCACCUUUAGCACCUGAGAAAAUCGAGGAUCCUUUUCUAAAUAUCGCCCCAAAGAAACCUAACUGGGAUCUGCGACGAGAUGUACAGAAGAAACUGGACAAGCUUGAGAAGCGAACGCAGAAAGCUUUAUAUGAGCUCGCGAAAGAGCAAGAAAACUAAGUAAUCUCGGCUGGUGAAGACUGAUAUGACAAUUUACUGCAUUCCAGUAGAUUGCAUAGAUAAUGGGCGAAGUUAGGAGUGAAUGGAAUAGCAGUGACGAGUAUUUUGAAGUUCGUAUGUUAGAAAUUUGAUUCUCGAUAGUUGGGAAGUGUAAUGUUACUUUUAAACUAUAUAUUUAUAUAUAUAUAGUUUUGAUAUCA